AUGCCCGCUGCCGCUGCGAAGAGCCCCGUGUUUUCCCUCGAGGAGUUCACACACCUCGUCUCCGCCUCCUUCGACUCGGUCGGCCGCACAGACCUCGGCCUCGGCCAUCUCCCACACACCGACCCGCCGUCCGCCUCCGUGUCCCCCUCCCACUCGGUGUUCGAAGACGACGACGACGACGACGACGGCGACGUCCUCGACACGGGAAACAGCCCCCGCCGCUCCCGCCACUCCGCCCUCUCCCUCCUCCGCAAGGUCAAGUCGCACGUGCACGACGCUGUCCACCGCCCGUCCACCGCCUCCACCACCGCCUCCAACUUCGCCUCUGUUUCUGCGACCGUGUCCCACGCCCCGUCCGCGUUCAUGCCUCCGCGCGCGCCCACCCCCGCCUUCACGACGCGCUCGCUCAGCCGCAUCUCCUUCAAGCCCGCCUCGCCCCCGCGUCACCCACACCAGCCCUCGCUCCACUCCUUCUUCGACAGCGACAGCCACGACGACUCCCCGCCAAGCACGCCCUCGCGCCUCCGCGUUCGCAUCCCCAGUCCCCACGCCCCCUUCCUCGCUCCCCGCACUCCUCCACCCAUCCCCGCCGCAACCCCAAACAACUCUCCCAGGUCCACCGCCUCCGACUCGACCCCGCGUCCCCAUAUACCCGACCAUUCAAAGCAGCCCUCCUCCCGCUCCAGCCCAAAUUCCAUCCUGCGUUCGAGGCUGAACGUUUUCACAGGCUUCCACUCGCCCUCGCCCUCCGAAGCUCUCGCCACCCCCGCCCUGUCCUGCUCUUCGUCCUCCCCUGCUCCUUCCCCCUCCCCCACCUCGCCCCUGGCAGACGCCUUUCUUGACCCAUAUGCGCGCACAGACGCUCUCGCUCACGCACUCGCUCCGGAACACGACCCCUUCCGUCGAGGCAUGCUCGUCAUCACUGGCCAGGACGCACCUCGCUUCGAGGCAAAGCGCAAGUCCCAACAGGAUGCCGGCGGCCUCCUCCUUCCCUCUCUAGCGGAGAGGCAUCUCGUCCACUCGCAUUCGACGCCUCGCAUGUCCGUCCGUCCGACAAUGGCGCGUGGUAUUGGCAGCUCCGACUCGUCUGCGUUCAAGCUCGCACACCCGCCUGUCUCCUUUCCGUCAUCCUCCCCAGCCAUGUCCCUUACCUUUCCCCUCCCGCCAGCCCAGCACGACACAACGGACGAAAACAGACGCCUCAGUCUCACCGUCACGCUCACCACGCCCCCUCCAGGCCCGCCCCCUGCCUUUCCGCCACCCAUCUCUCCCCCGCCCAACGGCCCCCUCCCGCCCACGCCUCUACCGCGCGUGCGGCACCUGUCAGGGGGGACAAGAACGCGGAAAGAGAGCGGCGCGCGCAGAGGCGGACACGGCAAGCCACGGCUGAGGAGGGAGGAUAGGCUUCUUGGCGGCGCGCAGUCGCACCCUCAGUCUCGGUCGUCAACGAGGCGCAGGCGAGGCGUGCUGCUCAAGGCCGAGCGGCCACAUGGCUUUGUGGGGCUGCCUGUCGGAGGAUCGUUGUAUUUGUCGACCGGGGGCAAGUUGAGCACGAGCGAAGACGAUGUGGAUGUCGAGAUAGAGAUGGGAGAGGGCAUCGAGGCGGUCCAGGCAGCGAUCGGCGCCGGCGUUGGGUUCGUCAGCGUGCUUGGAGAGAGGAUCGAAGGCAUGGAGAAGGCGGGAGACGUUAUGCCGGAUUCAGAAGUCGAGCCCGACUUUGCGGACGUCGAGGUGCGCACAAGGAGGAGGAGGAACAUCGUCACGUCGAGCGAGAGCACGAGCGAGUCGACGCGGUCAUCGCUAUUGACAAUCACAUCGGCGACGACGCUCGAUGGGAACGCGACGAACACGACAUCGCCAUCUCUUUCCUGCACGCACUCCACUAAUGCAGCCCUAUCGUCUCCCGAUCUGUGCGUGGAGAGGGACGAGGACUCGGGUGUGCGUGACACAUUCUACAGCGCGCGGUCGAGGCCUACCUCAGCAACAGACUUGGAUGUGGAGGAGGACAGACCAGAGGACGUUGAGAGAUCCUUCUACGCCGUGCAAGACGGCCAGCGCAUUCUGACACUGCCUACGUCCCUUGAACUCUCGCGUGGAAAACGCUUGGUCGUCGGCGCACGGAGCUGGGGCGCCCUGAGGCAGGAAUGUGAGGAAGGAGAAGCAGGGCAAGUCGUGAUUGGCCCGAUGUCCAGGUCGGGACCCGAUGUGGGAAGGGUGGAGGCGCGAGUCGUGGAAGGACGCAGGGGCGGCGUGGAGAUGGUGUUGAGAGGAUUGAGGCCCAGCGGACUUGCCGUCGUCGGUAGCAUGAAGGCUCUAGGCGGGGUAAAUGGAGAGGACGGGGACGAUGAGGACGAAGGCGAAGAUGAUUCGGACAGCAGCGCCAAGCUCGGCCCGUUCCGGAUUCCCGGAUCAUUUCCUCGGCACUCAAUGCGGCACAGCAGGAGACAGAGACAACUUUCUGACGGCGUCGGUAGCGCGCUGGGCUUGGAAGGAGUGCCGCCGCUGAAGAGUGGGCGGAUCGUCUGCGCGUCGUCUGUCUACGAGGACAGGGGUGAUGAGCUUGAGGACGAGCGCGGGGAAGGUGUGGAGGCGGGCCAUUGUCUCCUGGUGAUGGAGGCGCGGACACCGGUAACGCUGAGGGAUAUCGUCAGGCGUGCGGGUGGGAGAGGCGUAGGUGAAGGUGUGCCAUUGCUGGGGAUGCCGUCGAUGGCGCCGAGAAUCCACCAUACACCAUGGCGCAUCGAGGGUCGGUGCGGUCGUAUGCUCUACCGACCUGCACUUGGCUCGCUCCCCAGGGCCUUGGCGACAGCCGCGUAUAGCUCGCUCUGGGACUCGGACGGCAGCGACAGCGGCAGCGGCUUGUCGCGGUCGGACGCGAAGGACGCGAAGGACGAGGACGCCGAGGACGGGAACGAGGGACGGCUCGCGGGCGCUGGAGGGCGCACGUGGAGGAGGGGGAGGGGCUGGAGGAGCUCGCGCUCGUGUUCUACGUGGUGGUCAUGGUGGCCGUCAUGGUCGUGUUCGUGGCCGUCGUGGCCAUCGUGGUCUUCGUGGUCUUCGUCGUCGUAUUCGCCUAAUUUGGAGUGGGAGAAUGCGGGCGAGGGGAGGACGAGGACGACGACGACGGUGGAGGGGCGGCGGCGCGGUAGGCCUGCGCGAAGGGCUGGCGCGUGCGCUCGCGCGGUGCGGAGUCGUGGCGGGGCGGGGCAGUCGGGAGGAAGGGAGGCCGCAGCCGCUGCUGCUGCUGCUGCUGCUGCUGCGUGUUGGCGUGGACGGCGUGGACGGAGGGCCUUCUCGACGUCGGCGUCGGCGUCGGCGUCUGGCGCUGGUGCCGGUGCCGGUGCCGAUGCUGCGGGCGUCGCGUGGAGUCUGCCGAUGUGGGUGCCGGCGAGGUCGAGCCCGCGUUUGUCCGUCGAUGCUGCGCCCGCAGACGAGGAAGAGAACGAGGACGAGGACGAGGACGAGGUGGUGGAGGUGGUAGAGGCGCGGCGGAGGAUGCGGGCGUCGCGCGCGCGCGAGGCGGCGAGGGCGCGGUGGUGGUGGAUCGCGAGGACGGACGCGGCGAGGAGGACGAGGCCGGCGAGCGCGAGGGGGACGGCGAGCGCGGCGACGGGGGGCGCGCGGUGGCUUGCGGGUGCGAGCUGGGAGGCGGGGUUCGCGUUCGCGUUUGGGGAAGGCGCCGGGGUCGGGGUCGGGUGUGCGGCGGGGGGAGAGGCGGGUGGGGCGUUGGAUGGGGAUCCGGAGGUGGAGGUGCUAGGAGAUGGGUUGGGCGGUGCUGCUGCUACCGCUUGUGGGGAGGCUGCGGGGGAGGGGUACAGCCCCAUGUCGGCCGUCACGUUCGGCACCGUCCUGCACGCACGCACGCGCGGAUCCGCGAGCGACCCCGCGCUCUCUGCGACCGCGGGCCACACCGUGUCGCCGCACCCGCCGUGCGCGCCGGAGCAGAGGCGGAACGAGGGCGAGACGACCUUCUGCUCGCUCUGCCACUUGCCGACGAUGACGUCGCCGGGGCCGUACACGUCGCUCGGGCCGGGGCUGAUCCAGGCGACGUGCAGCGCGGACGAGGAUUCGCGCGCGAGGAGGUCUGAGAAUUCGGCGAGGGCGCUUAGGGUUGGGGGUGAUAAGCUCAGCAUGGUUAACAAAAAAAGUGAGGAGGGUGGAGGUGGAGAACGAGCGGCGGCGGUGGAGAGAGCGUGGCUGCGGCGAUGUGGAGGUUUCGAGGAGGGUGUGGAGAUCAGCAAGAAUGGGCAAGUGGAGACGGACCAACAGCCCUGA